AAAUCUGAUUUUGAAAUCGACGCCAUCGAAAUCGAACCCCAAAUUCCACCUCCCCCCAUCUUAAACCUUCUCUUUCGUCGAUCGCUCUCCGAUCUGCCACCAGCGCCGCCCGAUCCGCCAUCGGCACCCGCCUUGCGCUCCUCGUCGUCUCCCUCCCGCCGUCUCCUCCCUGAAAAACAGCGAAGGAGAAGGUGGCGAGCGGCGAUGGAAACCCUAAUGGUGGAUAGCGUUCAGAACAGCCUUCGCCUCUUCAUGCACCGCAAUGCUAUUUUCUUCUGCGAACGCCUCUGCGCCGAGUUCCCUACCGAGCUCAAUUUGCAACUCCUGGCAACUUGCUACUUGCAAAAUGGAAAAGCAUAUUGUGCCUACCAAAUACUGAAAGGGACAAGCAUGCCACAUUCCCGCUACUUGUUUGCAAUGUCAUGUUUCCAGAUGAAUCUUCUACAAGAAGCUGAAGCAACACUAUGUCCAGCUAAUGAACCAAAUGCCGAGGUUCCAGAUGGAGCAGCUGGCCAUUACCUUCUUGGCCUCAUAUAUAGGUACAUAGGCAGACGAGGCGUUGCUAUUGAACACUUAAUGCAGGCUUUGGCCAUAGAUCCUCUGCUAUGGGCUGCAUAUGAUGAACUGUGUGUUCUGGGUGCUGUAGAAGACGCAAAUGAGUACUUUAGUGAUAUGGCUGCCCAACACAUUCAGAAGCAAUAUUUAUCUGAGUCAAAUUCACUUAAUUCGAGCAAUGGCAGUGAAUUCAAUAACGGAUCUUCUAAUAUGUCAGUGACCUUUGUGGAUUCAAUUCCAAGACAAUCAAAGCAACUUCUAGCGAAUAAUGCAAGAGAGAUAUCCUCUAUUCCACCAAGUUCUGCAAUUGCAAAAGUGCCAGCUAGUAACAGUGGGACUUCAAAUUUUUCACAAUUUAUCACUCCUCCAGCAGCAACUCAGCUCUCUGGAGUAGCUCCUCCACCUCUCUGUCGAAAUGUGCAUGUCUCCUUCAAUGUAGCCAACAAUGAUAUCGCUACAAAGUCCAAUAAUAUAGCAGUUCAAACACCUAGGAGGAAAUUGUUGGAUGAAGGGAAACUACGAAAGGUUUCAGGGAGAUUGUUCUCUGAUUCAGUGCCACGCCGUAGUACAAGACUGUCAGCAGAAGCAAUAGCUGUUGCGAGUUCAAAUGCUACUCAAAUAACUUCAAAUGGAAAUAGUCACACUUCUGCUAAGUUCCUAGGAGGAUUUUCUUCAUCGUCAUCAUCAUCAUCAAAAGUGAAUGCAGCAUCCUCACGUUCUUUGACAUUUAAGAAAGGACAUUCUUGGAUCUCUGAAAGUUUUGAUGAAGGGAGGCGAUCCGAAGAUUUUGAUGAUUCUCGGAUGGAGAAUAUGGCAACAACUUCCUCUUAUACAUCAAUGUCUGGUGAUGUUAGAUACCUUGAGCAAGGUAAGACAAUUGGAGAUUUGGCACAAGACUCAAGAUUGAUUAGUGGUGCUCAGGAGCUAUUGUGCUUACUGAGAACACUCGGAGAAGGCUACUGGCUUUCCUGUUCAUAUAGGUGUCAGGAGGCACUGGAAGUUUACUUGAAACUUUCAGAAAAGCAAUUUAAUACUGGAUGGGUGCUAUCCCAGGUGGGAAGACUACAUUUCGAACUGGUUGACUAUUAUGAGGCAGAUCACUUCUUUAGUUUGGCACGCCGUGUAUCCCCAUUCAUUCUGGAGGGAAUGGAUAUGUAUUCCACUGCUCUUUAUCAUAUGAAGGAGGAAAUGAAAUUGAGUUACCUUGCUCAAGAGCUUAUAUCAGUUGACAGAUUAUCUCCUCAAGCUUGGUGUGCGUUGGGCAACUGCUAUAGCAUGCAGAAAGAUUAUGAGACUGCACUGAAAAUUUUCCAACGUGCAGUGCAACUGGAUUCAAGAUUUGUGUACGCGCACACUCUUUGUGGUCAUGAGUACAUUGCUUUAGAGGAUUUUGAGAAUGGAAUAAAAUGCUACCAAAGUGCACUUCAAAUAGACCAGAGGCAUUAUAAUUCUUGGUAUGGACUUGGGGUGGUAUACCUACGGCAGGAGAAAUUUGAAUUUGCUGAACAUCACCUCCGAAAAGCAUACAAUAUAAAUCCACAGUCUUCGGUUCUCAUGUGUUACCUCGGGAUGGCACAACAUGCAUUGCAGAGGAAUGAAGAUGCACUGGAAAUGCUCGAAAGGGCAAUCGCUGCUGACAAGCAGAAUCCACUUCCUGUAUACCAGAAAGCCAACAUACUUAGUCUCGACCGCUUUGAUGAAGCACUAAAUGUGUUGGAGCAGCUUAAGGAGAGUGCGCCUCAUGAAAGCUGUGUGUACGCGCUGAUGGGUAAGAUCUACAAGCGACUUGAAGUGCACGAAAAGGCAAUGUUCUACUUUGGCCUUGCAUUGGAUUUGAAGCCUCCUGCUGCCGAUGUUGCCACCAUUAAGGCGGCAAUGGAGAAACUAUAUCUUCCCGAUGAAAUGGACGACAUCCUUUAGUUUAACUAGCUCUGAAGCGUAUACUUCCACUUGGGCAUCAGUUCCCCUGCUACGGCUCCUGGCGCUCUCGAGUUAGCAAGAAGGCUACUGCCCGUCUCAGACGUCGCAAGCAUGUCUUUCUCUUUCAUGAUUGUAACACUAGCACAGUUUUGUAGGCUCUUAGGCAUCCAUGGAAGACCAAGAGGAGGCGAGAACCUGAGAAAUCUGCCAUAUAGAGACGCAAUGGUACGAUAAGCCCCAGCCUCUGAAACCCAUGCUUGUUGAAUUAUUCGAUAACAUAGAGAAGGAUAUAAAAACGUAUCAUCAUCAUUUUUAAGGAGUAGCACAAAGCAGGUGGAUCUCUUGUAAUCAUCAAAUGGCUUGUUCACUAGUUGGAAUCUGUCAUUAACUCCUAAUGGGAAACUUGCUUUGUAUAUUACCUUGUCACACUGGAAUUGUGAUUUAAUUGAAACACAAAUUCGAUUUUAUUUAAAUAA